AUGACCCGUACAGUAUCGAAGCCGAUGGGCAUCUUUGCCUUCAGCACCCUCGUCGCAGGUGUCCUGGCUGGCCCUAAGGCCUGCGAGGCCGACACCCCGCUCAGCUGCCAGGGUGACGCCAAGGCCAGCUGCUGCUUCAAUGCGCCUGGCGGUGCGCUUCUGCUGACCCAGUUCUGGGAUACUGACCCCGUGACCGGUCCCGAUGAUUCGUGGACUCUCCACGGUCUCUGGCCCGAUAACUGCGACGGCACCUACGAGUCCAACUGCGACAACAGCCGUGAGUACUCGAAUAUCACGGACAUCCUCGAGGGACAGGAGCGUACCGAGCUGUUGGCCGAUAUGAACAAGUACUGGAAGGAUUACAAGGGAGAUGAUGAGACCUUCUGGAGCCAUGAGUGGGACAAGCACGGCACUUGUGUCAACACCAUCGAGCCCGACUGCUAUGAAAAGUACACCCCCCAGGUGGAGGUGGGCGAUUAUUUCCAGAAGGCCGUCGAUCUGUUCAAGAAAUUGGACACCUACAAGGCCCUCGCCGAUGCUGGCAUCAAACCCGAUGAGUCCAAGACCUACGAGCUCUCGGAGAUUGAGGCUGCCUUGGCUAAGCUGCAUGGCGGCAAGAAGCCCUCCGUCAGCUGCGACAGCGGCGCCCUGAACCAGGCCUGGUACUUCUACAACGUCCAGGGCAAUGCCAUUGACGGCAAGUACGAGCCGGCUGAGCCUCUGGCCGAUUCUGGUUGCCCUAAGGACGGCAUCAAAUAUCUGCCCAAGUAA